AUUUUCCUUGGGACUCCAUAAAAAGCACUGAGAAGUAAGUAAAGUAAACAACAAGUUGAUUCAGUCUCACUCUUGCUCAGUAGAGAGCUCCAUCAAAUGGCUUCAAUCAACCUCUUCAACUUUGCUUUCCUUCUUCUCCUCUCUCACGCUUCAGCUUCAACGGUAAUCUUUUACAACAAAUGCAAACACCCAGUGUGGCCAGGAAUCCAACCCAGCGCCGGCCAAAACAUACUCGCCGGCGGUGGUUUUAAGCUUCCGGCUAACAAAGCCCACACUCUUCAACUCCCACCACUCUGGUCCGGCCGCUUCUGGGGUCGCCACGGCUGCUCCUUCGACAGAUCUGGUCGUGGUCGUUGCGCCACCGGGGACUGCGGCGGUUCUCUCUCCUGCAACGGUGCUGGCGGCUCACCUCCGGCCACUCUCGCCGAAAUCACUCUAGGCCCUGAGCUAGACUUCUAUGACGUCAGCCUCGUCGACGGUUAUAACCUGGCGAUGUCGAUAAUGCCGGUUAAGGGUUCAGGUCAAUGUAGCUACGCCGGUUGUGUCAGCGAUCUAAACCAGAUGUGUCUGGUUGGGUUACAAGUCAGGUCACGUAACGGGAAACGGGUACUAGCCUGUAAAAGCGCUUGCUCUGCUUUCAACUCACCACAGUACUCUUGCACCGGCUUGUUCGGUAACCCACAAUCUUGCAAACCAACGGCUUACUCCAAAAUCUUUAAAGUCGCUUGCCCCAAAGCCUAUUCUUACGCAUACGAUGACCCAACCAGCAUCGCCACAUGUUCAAAGGCUAACUACAUUGUCACAUUUUGCCCUCACCAUCGCCAUUUAAAUUAGCCGAACAAAACAGUAAGAAGCAGCAUUUUCUCUAUUAGCAACAGCAUCUUGUUAUGUUUCGAAACCUUUGAGUUUUCUAUCUCUAUCUAAAUUUGUAACACUAAUGAAAUGCAAAUCCUAUCAUCAAUAUCAAUGGAACUCAUCCAACUUAGUGAUGUGUUUUGUGAGUCUAAA